UUCCUGUUUGUAUAUUUUACUGAGGUGAUAAAGUUUUUAACAUUAUAAAAUGUCUCAGUGCGGUUUCCAGGAGCAGCUGUUAUCAGUGGUGGAGGUUUUAGCUAAAGCGGCUACAGAGGAGAUUAACCGCAGAGUGGAGGAGAACUGUGCGGUGAUCCGGAUUGAGUUAUCCCGCAGUCAGAGAGACAUCGAUCAUCUCAAAAAGAAAUGCUUACUGAUGGAGAACGAACUGAGAAAAGUACGUGGAAGAGCCAGGAGGAAAGUGUUCAUCUGUGGUUCUUCUGAGAAGAUGCCGUUUCAGAGUGUUUGCGCCAGAGAAACUAAUGUUUGCAGAGCUGAAGCCACUGUUACACCAACACAGCAGGAUCUGGAACCAUCUACACAGCACAUCCAUCAGACCAUUCCAAAUCUGGAAGAGCAUUCAAAGGCGAUUCAUUCAGUCAUUAAAGUGGAGGGAACUUCAAAUGAGCUGUGGAGCAGUGAAGAAGGACAAUUUGCUUUUGAGCAUCAUGGCAAUGAACCACGUGACCAGGUUCAGGAGACCCCUGUAGAACAGAACAGAUUUACAGAAGCCACGGACAGACUGAGGACAAACUUCACAUCUGCCAGUUCACCUGUGAAGAGCCACGAGGAGAAUCUUAAUCAUCUAAGGCUUCACUUAAAAACUGAAAAAGAAGAAGAGGAGCAAACGGAAGUAAGAGAGGCAGCACUGGUGGAGGAAACUGAACCAAGGCCAGAGGACACAGAUCAUCCCAAUCAGUUCUCAUGUAACCUUUCAGGCUUUUCCCAGCCUGCAGAAACCAUGGAACUAUCUAAAAAUGAUGCCACCUGUGCUGAGAAAAACCAGAUUGGGCUGUACAUGGCUGAACAGACCCAGCCAGCCUGGUGCAGAGUGGUAACACAUGAGUCAGAUCACAUGGUUCAGAGGCACGAUGUGCCAGUCGCACACCAGCAGCAGCACAGGACUUUACCUCCACCCAGAGAAAGCGGAGUUAGACCCGGAAUUUCCUACCAGACGGGUGCAUUUUUAGGCAGAGGGCGCGGUGGGCUCAGACGGUUCCGAUCACAGUGGAUAACAAACGUCAAUGGAGAGCGGCGAUUCAGCUGCUCGUACUGCGAGCGGACGUUCGUGCGUUUCGGCCAGCUGAAGGAGCACCUGCGCAGCCACACGGGAGAAAGGCCGUAUACGUGUACCCAGUGUGGACGCAGCUUCACCAAACAGGGCAAUCUUAUCCGGCACGCCGUGGUGCACAGUGGGGAGAAACCAUACCAGUGCAACCUGUGUGGCAAAUGCUUCACCCAGCGUUCCAGCAUGAAGUCCCAUCAAAAAACUCACAUGUCCAACAGAGACAGUGUGAUGGCAGGAUUAGCUGCACGUCAGACGGUCAGAGAGCAACAAGAUAGCCUGGUCAGAACUCACACGGGACAUUUUGUAUAGCAGCGAUGCAGUAUUAAAAAUAGCCUGUUGUAUGGUACGGGUCGUAAAUCAGUUACACUGAUGUACAGUGCCAGUGGGUUAUCAGAAGAGCGAAAGAUUCCCUUCGACUGCUCUGUGAACGCAGUAUAUUCGUGGGCAGGUUCUGCAGCAUUCUGGUUCAGCUUUAAGUUCCUCCCACAAUCACAGUUACAACCUAAAGGUGUGUGUCUGGGACAUCAUACAGCAGCCGAAAAAAAUGGGUUGCAGAGAAAAAUACUAAUAAUUCAAUACAUUUUAACAGGUUUUGUGGAGGCUUUGUUUUACAUUGUGUAAACCACAGUGGAACCAGAUUGUACAGAGAUGCAUUUUUGUGCUGCCUGGGUCGCUUAAAAAAAAUCCGGUCAUACAUCGUGUCUGGGGUCUAGUGCAGUGGAUCUCAGAUCUUUGGGGCCAGACAUAAAUGUUGUCUGUGGGACCCUUUUUCUUCAUAAGGAUGGAAGUAUCAGUGGUGAUAAGAAAUUAAUAAUAGCUGAUAUUAUUGCCUUGUAAUACUUUGCAAUUCCUCCAUUUUUUCUUUUAAAAUAAAGUCUUGCAUCCAAACGAUUGGCUGUACCCAUAUGGGAGAGAAAACUCUGGAAAUAUGAUGUUGUAGUACAGUUGCAGCCUCUGCUGUCUGGUUCAAGAGCCUGCACCAGCAGUGGAUGGUCUAGGGCAGAGGUCCCCAACCACCGGGCCGGUCAUUUAUUACCGGGCCGCACAGAAAGAAUAAAUAAUUAGAGAUCGCUGCAUCAGCCAUGAAAACACUGCUUUUAUUUCCAACACGCUGGUGUUUAUCGUCUCAUAUCACCCCCAGGUGGAAGCAGCAUCUCGUUGCAGCGAAAAAAGCUCAUGUGUGAGCAGUGUAGUAAUUGUAUUUUAAGUCCCUCCACCCCCGCUGGUCCGUGAAAUUAUAUUUUAUAUGAAACCGUAUAAACCGUAUCUAGAGAGCUUAGCGUGUCUCUUUGCAGGUGGGUAAAAUGAUGCCGUUUGGUAGUAUUGGGGCAUGAUGCCAGUGGGAGGCUAUUAGAUUGGGUGUACAAGGGAGAAAGAAAAAUCUAUAUAAUGAAUUCUGUGCAUCAGGUCUUGGAUAGUGUACAUUUGAUGUACAGCAUAUCUAGACAGUGUAUCUAGAGAUGAGUAGAUCACAUAUGGACACAGAUACUGCUUUACUCUCUUACUCUCUUAAUUCUCUUUUCUAUGAACCAUAUGAUCAUCAGUAUUGUUUAUUGUAGCAUAUUUUUGUCAAUGUGGACUUAAAUCAACCAAAACUGCUCACACAUUCAGAUUGUGCUCUUGAAAACCAACCACAUGUACAUAUUUAGGUGUAUAUUUAUUUUUAUUAAAUACAUGUCAUUUAAAGAUCAAAAUGUAAAACAACA